CGAAAAUGACAAUUUUGUAUUGGUUUAUUUUAUAGCUCACGUAAGAGAAAACAGGCUCUAAAACCCAUACAAAUGUAAUGGUAUUUUCUGAUUGGCGCAUUUCGAUCCAAUCUGGAGUAUAAGCUCGCUCUCUUCAAAAUCCUCUCAUAUUCCGUUCUCUAAACCCUGUGAUAAAAAGUGUAAGAAUUAAAAUUCGUUUGCCAAAAUGUCCGGACGUGGAAAAGGCGGUAAAUCCCGCGCUAAAGGCAAGUCUCGUUCUGCAAGAGCCGGUCUUCAGUUUCCCGUUGGCAGAGUUCAUCGUUUUCUUCGCAAAGGUAACUACGCCGAGCGUGUUGGUGCUGGCGCUCCGGUCUACAUGGCCGCUGUGCUCGAGUACCUGAGCGCUGAAAUCCUCGAGUUGGCCGGCAACGCUGCCCGCGACAACAAGAAGACCAGGAUCAUCCCUCGUCAUUUGCAGUUGGCCGUCAGGAACGACGAGGAGUUGAACAGGCUGCUCCACGGUGUCACCAUCGCUCAGGGUGGUGUGCUGCCCAACAUCCAGGCCGUGCUUUUGCCCAAGAAGUCCGAAAAGAAACACAAGUGAACAUGAACUUGUUCAGACAAACAACGGCUCUUUUAGGAGCCACCACUUGUAAUAAAAGUGUUUGAUCAUUGUUA